ACCAAUUUAGUCUCUCUCAGUAUUCCAUGGCCAAUAACAGCAGCGCUGAGAAGCAGCGAGCGCGGGUGCUAGUUUGUGUGACGGGAGCAGGGGGCUUCAUUGGGUCAUGGGUGGUGAAGGAGCUCCUCCUCCGUGGCUACCGUGUAAGGGGAACGGCUAGAGACCCAGCGGACCGCAAGAACGUCCACUUGCAAACCUUGGAGGGGGCCAAUGAGAGGCUAUCCUUGCACCGUGCCAAUGUCCUGGACUGCGACAGCCUCCGUGCCGCCUUCGAUGGCUACCAUGGCGUCUUCCAUGUCGCCUCUCCAGUGUCUAACGAUGUUGAACUCAUGCCGGUCGCAGUGAAGGGGACCAGAAACGUGGUGAACGCUGCGGCGGACAUGGGCGUGCACCGCCUUGUUUUCACUUCUUCGUAUGGCGCGGUGCACAUGAACCCCAACAGAAGCCCAGACACCGUGCUAGACGAGACAUGCUGGAGCGACUAUGAAUUCUGCAAACAGACAGGCAAUUAUUAUUGUUGUGCCAAGAUGAUGGAGGAGGCAGCCAGGAGGGGGCUGCAGCUGGCGGUUGUGGUGCCGCCAAUGACCAUCGGUCCCAUGCUGCAGCGGUCUCUAAACGGCAGCAACUACCAUGUCGCAAGGUACCUGAUGGGCACUAAGAAGGCCUACCCCAACGCCGUCGCCAUCUAUGCCGACAUCCGUGAUGUCGUACGUGCCCAUCUCCUCGUGUACGAGCACCACCACGCCCGCGGCCGCUAUGUCUGCUUCGGCACGGCGCUACACUGCAGUUGCCUCCUCCGGUUGCUCAGGGGUCUUUUUCCACACUAUCCUAUCACUUCCAAGUGCGAAGGGAACGACAAGCCCAUGGUGCGCCCGUACAGAUUCUCCAAUCAAAGACUCAAGGACUUGGGGUUAGAAUUCACUGAUGACAUGAGGAAAACUCUAUACGAAACUGUAAUAUGCCUGCAACAGAAGGGCCAUGUGCGUCUCAUCAUGCCAAAUCAGCAUUCGAGCUUAUAGAUCAGGAUGAAGUGCGACCAAUUUCCACAUACCCGGAAGAAAACAAAUAAGGUCCUUCUCAAAAGUAAUUGUGUGGACAUGUAAGUGGGAAAAUAGUCAGAUAUCAGAUAUGCUAUUUUUUUGCAUUGGAAUGGAUGUAUCAUGAUAAAAUUAUGAAAAUUGUGCCUGCAGUGCAAGA